UUCAUUACUCAUCGUCACCGCUACCACUAGCUUAUUACAUUUUCACCCUCUUCUUCUCUCACAACAAAAAAAAAAAAUUCACCUAUAUAUAUUUGAUAUUUUUUUUUUCAACAUUAAAAAAAAAAAAAACCUCCAUAUCGAAUCGGUUUCGCACACAGCUUCCCAGUUGCGAGGAACGAAGGAAGGUACUUACAGUAUCGCCUGUAGCUGUAGGGUUUCGUGUUCGUUUCUCCCGUCUCAAAUCACCUCCGAAGCAGACAUCGAAGAAGAACGAGAGCCUUUCUUUGAUUGUUCUCAAUUUUUUUAAAGAUCGUACGUUACGUCUUGCUUGAUUUGGGUUUUUGUUUACUCGGUUGGCUUGGCGCGCGGAUCGUUGUUUUUGUUAAUUCUGACACGUUUCCAUGAGGUGAUACAUAUUAUGAAUGAUCGUUGCGAUGGACUUAAAUGCCUCACCAAUACCUGAAGACGAUGAAGACGUUUAUGCUAGUCAUGUAGAAGAAUAUAGUGCACCCGAUGAACGUGUGGAGUCUGCUGUUGAUAUUGCACGUCGGGAGCGUGAAGAAAGACGCAUGCGAUUAAAAAGAGAGCGUGUAGAUGACAGGCCUAUGCAAACAUCUCAACCAUCUUACCAUGACCAGUCAGUCCAAGCAAAAACACAAAAAGUUUAUGAUAAGAGCAAGCUUCCCCCUGGUUGGAUUGACUGCCCUCCCGCUGGUAAAGAAAUAUGUUGCAUGAUACCUUCUAAGGUUCCACUUGGUGAAGCAUAUCAUGAUUGUAUUCAACCUGGAAAACGAUACUCGUUCAAACAAGUGAUUCAUCAACAGAGGGUGUUAGGAAGAAAGCUUGGUUUAGUGAUUGAUUUGACCAAUACAUCUCGCUACUAUCAAACAACGGAUCUGAAGAAAGAGGGUAUUAAGCAUGUUAAGAUUCAAUGCAGGGGGAGGGGCUCUGCACCUGACAAUCAGUCUGUCAACCAGUUUGUCCAUGAGGUUUCACAAUUCAUUUCCCGUCAAAAACACUCAAAGAAGUACAUACUUGUUCAUUGCACACAUGGGCACAAUCGGACAGGUUAUAUGAUUGUCCAUUUCCUUAUGCGUUCCCAACCAUACUCUGUCAGUGAGGCAAUAGCAACUUUUGCUGAGGCACGCCCUCCAGGCAUCUAUAAACCUGACUAUAUUGAUGCACUUUACACCUUUUAUCAUGAAAGGAGGCCCGAAAAACUCAUGUGUCCUCCGACUCCAGAAUGGAAGCAUUCUUGUGAUCUUGAUCUUAAUGGGGAAGCAUUGGCCGAUGAUGAUGAUGAUGAUGGAGUCCCCACUGCUUCUGUUGAGGAGACUCAGGAGGUAGACACGGUGAUGUCAAAUGAUGAUGUUUUAGGGGAUGAGAUACCUUGGGACCAGCAAGAAUCACUGCGGCAUUUCUGUUACCAAUCUCUUAAGUUGGGUGGUGGUGGGAUAAGAGGGAACUCUCAGUUUCCAGGGUCACAUCCAGUGUCUCUUAACAGGGAUAACUUACAACUGCUGAGGCAACGAUAUUACUAUGCAACCUGGAAAGCUGAUGGGACACGAUAUAUGAUGUUAAUAAACGUUGAUGGAUGCUACUUGAUUGAUAGAAGUUUCAACUUUAGAAGGGUUCAGAUGAGAUUUCCUUGCAAAUCUACAAACGAAGCAUUAGGUGAAAGGAUGCCAACCCACCACUUCACAUUACUUGAUGGGGAGAUGAUUAUUGAUACUCUGCCAGAUUCAAAUAAGCAGGAGAGAAGAUAUCUUAUUUAUGAUAUGAUAGCGAUUAAUCAAGUGUCUGUGAUAGAGCGACCUUUCUAUGAAAGAUGGAAAAUGCUUGAAAAAGAAAUCAUUGAUCCUCGUAAUCAUGAACGCCAAAGUAUAUAUCAGAGUAGGAAUCCUUCAUAUAGAUAUGACCUGGAACCAUUCAGGGUUAGAAGAAAGGAUUUUUGGUUGCUGUCCACUGUUACAAAGCUUUUACAGGAUUUCAUUCCUAGGCUAUCUCAUGAUGCCGAUGGUCUUAUAUUUCAGGGUUGGGAUGAUCCAUAUAUUCCCCGUACUCAUGAAGGUCUGUUGAAGUGGAAAUAUCCUGAAAUGAACUCAGUUGACUUUCUUUUUGAGGUUGAUGGUGAAGGCCGACAGUUACUUUUUCUUUACGAGCGUGGGAAGAAGAAACUGAUGGAUGGAAACAAAGUUGCAUAUAAAGAGGGUGCAGACCCGGCUUCUUACUCUGGAAAGAUUAUAGAGUGUUCUUGGGAUUCUGAAGCACAAGUGUGGAACUGUAUGCGAGUUAGGGUCGACAAAAAUACGCCAAAUGAUUUCAACACUUACAAAAAGGUUAUGCGGAGUAUAAGGGACAACAUAACAACUGAAGUAUUGUUGAGCGAGAUAAAUGAGAUCAUUCGCCUGCCUAUGUAUGCAGAUAGGAUUCGAAAUGAUAGUAAAGCUCACCAGCACUCAAAUUCAGCAAGGAGGAGGUAAAGAGAGAGAGAGUGAGAGCGAGACGAACCAAAUUCCUUUCAGAUAAGAAAGUGUUGUAUUUUGGUGUUGAGUUGGGUUUUGUCUCCGGCAUUGUCAAUAGAUGACUCUCAAGAGUUAAUUUAUCGUGUAAUUAGCUACACCUAGCUAUUAUUUUGUAGGGGAGUGUGUUGGCUGGUGAAUUGUACGAUCCAGCUGGUACCUUUGGUUAGUCCUCACAAUCAAGAGCUUUCUCUUUUAUUUGUAUGACUCUUCUGUUCUCUGGUAGCUAAUCUUAGAAAUCAAGCUGUUUAGAAUUAGGCCCUCGAUUGUAUAUUAAUUAUUAUUAUAUAUUAGCUGUUAUUUGUAAGUUGGUUUAAAGUAGGGCAUUUUUUUUUCUUAUUAUCAUUGCACAUCAAGUUUUCCCUAGUUUGUCUUCUAAAUUUAAUGUGAAUAUAUGACUUGAAAAUACUGUGAACAA